AUCAGGAUCCUGCAUUCAUUUGCUGUGAGAGGUGGAAACGCGACUUGGUUUUUCAUCAGCAUCUCCAAAAUAUGAGUAUUAAUUCUUGGGACGAUUGAAGGAUAGUCGAGUUCUGUGAAGGGCUUCACUUCCCUUUUCGACACUGACAGCUUCAGAAAUCAGCCUCAUCAGCCCCAGCCUCCACCCCAGCGAAGGGCCUCCCAAUCAAUCCUCCCUGAAGAACCCCGAGACAGAAUCGGCCCAGGAACGAUCAAGACCAUUCCAGCAUGAGCAUGAGUAGCUUGAAAGUGCUGAAAUAUGUGGUAUUUUUCUUCAAUUUGCUGUUUUGGGUCUGUGGCUGUACUAUUUUGGGCUUUGGGAUAUACUUCCUGAUCAAAAAUAGUUUUGGAUCCCUGUUCUACAGUCUUCCCUCUCUCACCUUGGGCAAUGUCGUCAUCAUUGUGGGAUCCAUCAUCAUGGUGAUUGCCUUCCUGGGAUGCAUGGGUUCGAUUAAGGAAAACAAGUGCCUUCUCAUGUCGUUCUUCAUCUUGCUCCUGUUCAUCCUUUUGAUGGAAGUCAUCAUGGCCAUCCUGCUCUUUGCUUAUGAACAGAAGAUAGAUCAUUAUGUGGCUAAUGACCUGAGCCAGAGUAUUCAGCGCUACAAAUCUGAUAACAACACAAAGAUGGCAUGGGAUGAAAUCCAGCAGCAUCUAGAGUGCUGUGGAGUAAACAGCACCAGUGAUUGGAAAGGCCAUCUCCCAGAAUCUUGCCCCAAAGAUCCAAAGACUCAGGGAUGCUACGCUAAAGCAAAACUAUGGUUUCAGUCAAAUUUCCUGUAUAUUGGAAUCCUUAUCAUCAGUGUAUGUGUUAUCCAGGUGCUGGGGAUGUCCUUUGCAUUGACCCUGAACUGCCAGAUUGAGAAAAAUAGCCAAUCCCUUGGGAUAUGACCUGAGCUACCUGGGUUGGAGAGAGGGACUCUGCACCUGUGGAAACAUCACCGCUGGAAUCCCUUUCCUAAUCCCUACUUACGGACAUAAAUUCAUGAAUUAUCAUACUCCUGAAUUGACUGCUUAGUUCUCCUGUUCCCUCUUCUCUUGGCCUUGCUCUUCCUUGUCCUCUACCCAAGUAGUUGGAGAGGCAUUUGUUGGAGGUCAGUGUCAAUAAAGCUCUCAUUCUUCCCUGCCAUAUCCCUCAAAGUAGUGACACAAGUACUAGUAGUUAGGAGGGCUUUGCCAAUGCUGAAGAACAAGAGAACCUCUGGAGCUAACAGUUCAAGUUGACUCAUUUGAUCAACAUUUCAAGUCAAUAUCAACUCAUUCCUUCACUUUAAGCACUAUGUGCCAGACAGACACUGUGCUAGACACUGGGGACACAAAGGUCCAGAGUAGCACCUUGGUAUUUGAAUGUGAAAUGCCUGCCCCCCCUCUAAGCAGAAGAAAGGAGAGGAGGAAAUCUGAAAUGUCCCAAGCUUUUUUUUCAUCCUUCUCCCAAAUGCCCACCCACCCAAACCACCCUCUCUGCCAUGAGUAUCACUCAGCAUGUUCCAACCUGUCCCCAAAUCCCCCGUAUCCCUAAGACCCCACACCCUUUACCUAUGGUAAAGAUUCAAGAUGUGCUAUCCAAACCCAGGCAAUGACAGUCUGAGCAGAGUACCAGCCCCAAAAUCCACCAGAUCUUUACCAUGACCACCUGCUCCCCUUUGACUAGAGGACCUCAGAUGAGAAAGAAGAGGUUGUGGGCUCUUCUUCUGAGAGGGGAGGCUUUGCUUAUACUUGGUGCUCCCUUUUUGGAGAGCCAUGCUGAUUUCCCCCCAAAUACUUCUGCAAUCAUUUGCUUAUUUGAUUCUACUCUUAACAACCAGUCUAUCUGUCCUUUUGUAGUCCUUAAGCAGAAAAGGAGAAAUUCUGUGGGGUGUUACCUGAGGUGCAGAUCCUAUAAUUCCUGCUAGAGAAAUGCCAAGAUAUUAUGCCAAGAAAUGAUUUGUUGAUAUUUGUUUUGCCUAUUAACCAGCAAUUUCUUCAUGUGUGUUUUUUGUUUUUUGUUUUUUUUUACCACUGCAAUAAAUUAAAGGUUUCAAAGUC